AUGUCAGCGUAUCCAUUUGAGGUGCUGGUCAACUCCGGCAGCAUCGGCGGCAAUGGUGGAGGCGAGGUCGGGAUUCUCGCAAAAACGGGUGGCCUCGUGGAGAAAGUUGGUGUUUGGGCGUCUGGCAGAGACAUCAUAGGUGUUUCCGUCCAAUUCACCAACGACGAGGAGAAACAGCAGAUGGGGUCCGGGAAAUGGGGCGACUAUUCCGAAUUCAUCUUCGAGGCAGCUGAGACUGUCAAAUCCCUUAGCCUGUGGGGCAACGGAAAAGGCACAAACCUCGGACGGAUCAAGUUCACCACUUCGACUGGACGUUCCUUCGAUUGCGGUGGUCAUAACGGCAAAGAUGAAUUUCCCCAGGAUGUCGGCUCUGGACUUUGGGUCGGCAUCAAGGGAAGAUGCGGAGGAACAGUCGAUAUGUUGGGUGUGUACUUUCUGAAGAAGGUCGCUUCCAUGUCGAUGAAGGAUGUCAAGUUCAAGAACGACCCCACCGGCACCAGCAACGGUAUCAAGUCGAAGUCGGUCAAGUCAUCGCAGUUUCCAUGGCAAGGAAAGCCGUACGACUACAAAUUCGACAUGCCCCGACUUGAGAAAGAGUCCCAUACCGUUACCGAGACCAGCUCGCAAAAAACUUCUUUGGCCCUCGGCUUUCGAGAGCAGUGGAGCGGUGAGGUGAAUCUGUACAUCACAAAAACGACAUUGGAGCUUGAAUCCUCUCAAACGAUCGAGCACUCAUGGACCAAAGAAAAGUCAACGGCGGACACUAUUGAGACCACGGAGGGUGUGACAUCCGGGGCAAGUGGCCAUAUUGCAGGACCCGGAGACGGAGUGAUUGUUGAAGCUGUAACGUACGCUGGCCAACUCGACCUCGAAUACACGGCGACCAUUGUGGUGAAAAUGGCAAGCGGGGCCACCUAUAAUAUUCCAACAACAGGAACCAUGAAGAAGGUUGCCUAUUCGAAGGUCUAUAUGAGUGUUAGACCCAUCAGUGAGGAUUCAACUCUUCCUCCCGGGGAGUCCGAGAGCAGAUCUGCGGAUGAUCAGCAGUUCGACAGCAGUCAUGAAGAGAGAGCUGCUGAUAAGACUCAGGAUGAAGAAACCGCCUGGUCUCCCCGAGAUGAAGAGGAUAAUGGAUACAACCAGUACAACACCAACCCAAAUGGGAACCGGGAUGAUGAGCCAUUUGAGAACCCAGACCAAAGUCGGGACCAGGAAGAUGAAGGUCAAGAAUCUUCUGACUGGCAACAGGGUCUGGAGUACAACCAACUCGAGGAAGAAGACGAAAACGGCGGUUGGCAAGGGCAAGAAAACAACGACCGCAAGAACGAUAGUGAAAACGAAGAGAGGUCGUACGGCAGAAGAAACCAUGACGCCGAGGUCCAAACGCUCGAGGAUGAACAACAGGGGUAUCAGACAUCGGACCGAUGGAGCAACGAUCGCAACAAGGAAGAUAAUAUUGAGGAGCGGUCAUACACCAAAAGAGAUCAGGAAAACGAAGAACGAAUCCAAAACGAGCAGGGUGAUCUUAGCUCGGAGCGAUGGAACCAAGACCAAGAAUACGACAACCGCGAUAGCCAGAACGAGAGAGAAGAGAUAGCAUACAACCAAAGAGACCAAGAAGACGAGCAGCCGGCCCAAGACGAGCAGGAGAAUCUGAGCUCAGAGCAAUGGGGUCGAGAUCAUGAAUACAACGUCCGCAGCGAUGAGAAUGAAGAAGAGAGCCCAUACAACAGAAGAACCGAAACCAACGAAGACGAGGAAGAAAAUAAUCGUCAAGCGUCACAAUGGAACCAAGAUCAACCCGACGAGAAUCAGGCCUAUGGCUUUGACGGCACGAAAGAAGAAAAUUCCAACCAGAGUCGUUUCCAAAACGAACAAGUCGGAGAUUACACCACUUCUCGCGGUCAGGAUGAGAGAUAUGGCGAAGAACAAGAGUACGGUCGUGGCUACGGGUUUGCUCAGGACGAAAGCCAGACACGUUACAAUGAGUUCUCCGCCAGAGGGUGA